CAUUAGUUUUGUUCGUUUCCUCCUAUCCGAUUUAGCACAAAGGUAGAGAGGCCGGGGGGGAGAGGGGGGCAUGCCGACAGUCGCCUCUUGCCUCCCGCGGGCGCUGCUCCGGCCGGUUCCGCCGCCUCUACCUCCGGCGAUCCUCUUCUCUCCACGGCUGGUGCUAUCACCUUCGCGAUUUGCCCCCCUGAGGACCCAUCGGCUGGUCGUCCUCGUGGCCGCGUCAGCAGCUUCCUUUGAUGAGCUGGACGCGAAGGGCUGGUCGAAGCCUCGAUCCUCUAAGAAAUCUGUGCUUUCAGAUUUGAUUCAAGAGAUCGAGCCUUUGGAUUUGAAUCUAAUCCAAAAAGAUGUUCCAGCUGUUACAGUUGAUGCAAUGAAGAGAACAAUAUCUGGCAUGCUUGGGAUACUUCCCUCUGAUCGUUUUAAUGUUGUGGUUGAAGCCCUUUGGGAGCGUUUAUUUAAGUUAUUAGUUUCUUCAAUGAUGACCGGAUAUACUUUGCGCAAUGCUGAGUACCGCCUAUUCCUUGAGAGGAAUGUAGAAAUAUUUGGAGAUUAUCAAGAUAAAGAAGAGCAUUUAGAAGAAAAUAAACCUAAAAAUGUGAUAGGCAGUUAUUCUGAUAAAUUAAUGGAUGGAACUUCCACACUAUUUGAGCUUGCUGAAAGGGAUUUAUCAAACUCUAACAAAGGAGACGAAGUGUCACCAUGUGAAGAUCCUGAUUUUGAAAGUUUGGGAGAAAUGUCACCUCAAGCUAAAGAAUAUAUUCGUAGCCUAACAUUUCGUUUAUCCUCUAUGAAAAAGGACCUACACGAAAUGAACAGGAAAAAUUCUGCUCUACAAAUGCAACAGUUUGUAGGAGAAGAAAAGAAUGACCUGCUGGACUACCUACGGUCGCUACAACCUGAGAAGGUGCUCGAGCUAUCUGAGCCGACUCACUCCGAGGUGCAAGAGAUCAUCAACUCGGUAGCGCACGGUCUUCUCGCGACUCUUUCUCCCAAGAUUCACUCCAAGCCUCCACCUCAAUCUGAUAAUGUUCCAGGUGGUUCUUCAUGCUUAGAAAAGGAUGACUGUGCAGAACUGUUAGAAAAUACCUCCAUUCAUUUUCAACCCCUUAUUACUGUCCCGCGUGAUUACCUUGCCCGCUUACUAUUCUGGUGCCUGUUAUUGGGUCAUUAUCUCAGGGGUCUCGAGCAUCGCCUUGAGUUAACUCAGCUUUUAACAAUUGCUGGUGAUGCCUAAACUAUUUUCUAUAAUAAUAAUUAGAAACAAUCUACCUUUGAAAAUAGGUGUAAUAUAUUGGUUAUGGAUGCAAUAUUUAUUUUGUUGUAGGAGUUUUCUUUCUAAAAUCAUUUGUAAAGUGUUGUUGAGCCUCACUUCCUAUGCUGUAAAUUGUAUGGAACUAUUUGAUGUAGAUUUGACUCAUGAGUUUGUAUUUGGAGAUUUGGUGCAGCUUGUGUGUUUCCCGCGGGUGACCGUGGGGUUUAGUGUAAAAAUAGAACCGCGUUUUUGGACAAA